AUGUGGAAGUGGAAGUUGAAGAUAGCAGAAGGAGGAGAAGGGAUAAUUUCAGUGAACAAUUUCAUUGGGCGUCAACAUUGGGAGUUUGAUCCCAAUGCCGGAACUCCACAAGAACGUGCGGAAAUUGAAAGGGUGCGAGAGGAAUUCAGAAAAAACCGCUUUCGCAAUAAGCAAAGUGCUGACCUUCUCCUUAGAAUGCAGGCCCAUGAUGGCCACUGGCCUGCUGACUCUGCUGGUCCUUUGUUUUUCAUUUAA